CUUCACGACAACGAGAUUUAACUCUGCGCCAGACGUUUACGUUAUCCAGGAGUUUUGUCGUCCGUGGCUUUCCGAAUGGAAACGACAGGUCUUCGCGCGCGUUAUCACUUUGACACUUGUAGUGUUACGUUAGGAGACUGACUAAGCUAUAUAACAAUUAAUUUAUUUAUACGAACAUAGAGAUAUUUAAUUGUAAGAAUUUACUUGAUAGAAGUUUUUUGAGAACUUUUGAAGUGGUAUAAGGUGGACAAUGUUGUGCGGAAGUGUUAAAAUUAUUUUUUUGUGCUUAGUGACUUUGGGACUACCGUUAGUUGUUAAGGGCAGGGGAGAGCUUUAUGAAAAAAUUGCUUACUUCUGGCAUAUAACAGACAUCCACUAUGAUGGACACUACAGUUCAUAUCCAGAAAAUAGAAAAAGCUGUUGGCGAACUUACGAUCCAUCUAAUUCCCGAUCAAAGAGUCAAAGUCAAAGAAGUCCAUCUAAUCCGUACGGUGAUUAUAAUUGUGAUUCCACAUGGGACUUAAUUGAAUCGGCGGCUAGGAUGAUGAUGAGCAGACAAAAUGAAAAUGUUGAGUUUGUUUUAUGGACUGGGGACGCGAUAUCCCAUCAUGCAAUGCGACACCUAAAAGAAGAAAAGCAACUGGAAAUUAUCCAAAAUGUGACUGAUUUGCUACGAAAGACGUUUUCAUCGCAGUUUGUUUUUCCUGCCUUGGGACAUGACGAUCCUUUGCCAAGAAAGGAAUUGGGAAAAAUGUGGAGGCAAUGGCUGCCGACUGACGCUAUGAAAAUGUUCGAAACAGGUGGCUAUUACUUUAUCGAAAGGAAAACCCAAAAACUGCAAAUUGUGGUUUUAAAUACCAACUUAAUGAAAAGGCAGGAUGACAAUGAUGAAGAAGCUUUGAGACAAUGGCGAUGGUUAGAGGAGGUUUUAGAAAAGUUUAAGAAAAAUGGACAAAAGGUGUAUUUUGUGGGGCAUGUUCCUCCAGGGACAGAUGAAAGGCAUAAAGGAAUAACCGCGCCAAACCACAUUAUGUACAGGGACCAUCACAACAAGCGUUAUCUCCAGAUUGUGAGGAAAUACCACUCGAUGAUUGUUGGACAGUUUUUUGGACAUCUUCAUUCUGAUACCUUUAGAGUCUUUUAUUCAGAAAAUGGUCGACCAAUUUCUUGGUCUAUGCUUGCCCCCUCAAUAACGCCUAAGAGAAAUCAUGAUGGACCCAAUAAUCCUGGAUUAAGAAUUUAUAAAUUUGAUAGGGAUUCUGGACAGGUGUUUGACUACACUCAGUAUUACCUUGAUUUAUCAGCUGCCAACAGCAACGGCAAAGCUGAGUGGGUGGUGGAGUAUAACUUUAGCACUUACUAUGGAAUUAACGAUAUUACGCCCUUAAAUUUGCAUACGUUGGCCGACAAGUUUACGCAAGAAAGUGGGUCUGGUGAAAAUGGAGUUUUUACUAAAUAUUACAAAGCCAAUUCAGUACGUAUCAACAAUAAAGCAUCAUACAACUGCGAUGAUACAUGUGCACAUAUGCACUAUUGCGCAAUUACUAGAAUCGAUUAUGAAGAGCACGAGCAAUGUUUGAAGAUUGCCGCUAGUGCACUUGCAUCUUCUUCUUCGUAUUUAGUUUUAGGGACGGUAUUUAGGUUGCUUCUGACCGGAUCAUUUUGCUUAGUAUUUAGGUUUGCAGACUAAAUAUUUAUAGCGUUAAAUUCUGCUAAGAAAAUAUCAAGAAUAUAAAUUAACUUUUUAAAUUUAAAAUUGUUUAGGUUUAUGUAAAUAGGUUUUAUUAUGUGAAAAAAUUUGGCUGCAUGAAUUUUAGGAAAACUUUUUUCGGAUCUAUUAGUAAAAUUUAAAUAUUCUCUAAAAAAUGUAAAAUUAUUUGUUGAUCUCUUAAAUUUCAUGUAGCUCUAUA